AUGCACUCCUAGAGUAAAAAGAUAGAAAAUUAUUCUUUUAUUAAAAAAAUCUACUUUAAAAAAAAUAAAACAAAUAAAAAAAAUACCAUUAAGAUAAAAUCUUGCUACUGCUUAGAAAGGAGAUCAUAUCUGAAGAGUGUUCUCACAAAAUAUAUAUCUACAAAAUAAGGGCUCUAUUUCAACUUUUUAUAAACAUCAGGAGAACAUUAAUUGAAAACUAAUUCUCUCUAUGAACAAAUUGUAAACUAAGUAUUUGCAUUAACUUUUAAUUAUUAAUAUGUAUUUAUUUAUUUAAAACAUUAAUGA